CUAAGUCCAAAUGGGAGCAGUUUUUUUUUUUCCUCCAGACAAUGGGGUCAAGUGACAGUAGUUAGUUACCCCGGGUAACGUUACUUACCUCACGUUUCGGGAUUUCCUGAUGUUUGACUGUGAAAAGAAGCACUUUAACCGCGGACUGAGCUGACGGUACAAUAACUUUUUUUUUCAUUAAAGUUAGACCAGUCGCCGUAGUUAUGUUUUAGCCGGCUAGCUAUCUAUGCUAGCUAACAUUAACGUCAACUGUUAGCUCGGUUGCUAACAGCUGUCAUGGUCGACGUCAGCACAGAAAAGAAAGACUGAACGUUAGCUGCACAUUGCUCAGCGGUCGUCCCACAAAACAACCAACAGUAACUUGCUGCUGGAAGACAUUCACUUUAUGAGGGAGUCACCUGAAGCGACAUCACCGCUGCUGCUAAAAUGAGGAGACUGACCAAGAAGAAGGCUCUGACUCUGGUGAAGGAGCUGGACGCUUUCCCCAAAGUUCCCGAGAGCUAUGUGGAGUCCACAGCCAGCGGUGGGACAGUGUCUCUGAUAGCAUUCACUCUCAUGGCUGUCCUUGCCUUCCUGGAAUUCUUUGUGUACAGAGACACAUGGAUGAAGUAUGAGUAUGAGGUGGACAAAGACUACAUCAGUAAACUGAGGAUAAAUGUUGACAUUACAGUGGCCAUGAGAUGCCAGUAUAUCGGUGCAGAUGUCCUGGAUCUGGCAGAGACCAUGGUUGCUUCUGAUGGCUUAAAGUAUGAACCAGUCAACUUUGAGCUCUCUCCAGAGCAAAGAUUAUGGCACAUGACACUUCUGCACAUCCAGGAGCGUCUCAAAGUGGAGCACUCUCUCCAGGAUGUACUCUUCAAGGCCGCAAUAAAAGGAGCUCCUCCUGCUGAGUCUGAAAGUGAGGACAGUUCCACUUCCCUUAGUGCCUGCAGGAUACACGGACAUCUAUAUGUCAACAAGGUGGCAGGAAAUUUCCACAUUACUGUUGGCAAGUCCAUCCCACAUCCCAGAGGCCAUGCCCAUCUAGCUGCACUAGUUAGCCAUGACACUUAUAACUUUUCUCACCGGAUUGACCACCUGUCCUUCGGAGAAGCGAUUCCUGGGAUUAUCAGCCCUCUGGACGGCACAGAGAAAGUCUCUGCUUAUCCUAACCACAUGUUUCAGUACUUCAUCACCAUCGUUCCCACCAAACUGAACACCUACAAGGUCUCCGCAGAAACACAUCAGUACUCAGUCACUGAGCAGGACCGAGUGAUAAACCAUGCUUCAGGCAGCCAUGGAGUCUCUGGGAUCUUCAUGAAAUACGAUAUCAGCUCACUAAUGGUCAAAGUCACCGAGCAGCAUAUGCCUCUCUGGCAGUUUCUUGUCAGACUCUGUGGCAUCAUUGGAGGCAUUUUCUCUACCACAGGCAUGCUCCAUGGUAUGGUGGGAUUCUUGGUCGAUGUCAUUUGCUGUCGUUUCCAAGUGGGAAUAUACAGACAUCUUAAGGAGGCUCCUCUGAAUGAGCAGGCAAACUAUGAAACCCCGGUUCCUACAGAAAAUGCCACUCAAUAAUGAGAGUCUUGACAGCUCACCAUCUUGGCCUAAACCACUACACAGCAAUGACAUGCUGGGGAAAUGUUUACAGGUUGUUUUACUAUGAAAUAUGUCCCUGCGUUAUUCAGAAAUGUGUAAAUAUUUGUAUCAUUUUUUAAAAAUUGUUAUUGGGUAGGUAUUCAGAUUCAGACAUGAUUGUUCAUCCACAUGUGAAGGAUUUUAAUCAAUAACCUCCACUAAUUAUGUCACUUUCACUGGAAAGCUGUACCAGGAGGACUGAGCAGCAGCCUAAACACAUUAUUUACAUCAUUAUCGUAGAUCUGACUUCAUGAAAUAGAUGGUACCUGGUGUUGGAGUGCCCAUGGUACACCCACACAGGUGUUUUCACUUAUUACGGCUAAUUAGAUCUUUUCUCAGGGUUAAGUUGUCAUGUAUUGACAUCUCCCUGACAGAUACGUUUUAACAUGUGAAAGGGACAUUUUUCUGAUUCUUUAAUGUAGUUGGGUGAAGCUGAAAAGAUCAGCUACAGUAAAGGAAAACCUGUGUGUGUGUGUGUGUGUGUGCAGGGCCUUUAAAGAUGAAUUGUGUGUAAAGACUAGAAGGGUUUUAAAGUGUGCCUAUGUGUAAAUGAUUGUUGCAAAUAUGAGGCUGAUUUGUUAAAUAAAAUCCACUUUGAACUUGA